AUGAAGUUCCAAGUGGUGACCGCCGCGCUCGCCUUGGCCGGCCUUUGCUCGGCCCAGCUCGCGCCCAUUGGCAAGAACGACAAGUACUACAACUUCACCGCCACCUGGGUCAACGCCAACCCCGACGGCGUCCACGAGCGACGAGUCAUUGGUAUCAACGACCAGUGGCCCAUCCCCACCAUCAACGUGACCAAGGGCGACCGGGUCAUUGUCGAUCUGUACAACGACCUCGGCACCCAGAACGUGUCUCUGCAUUGGCACGGUCUGUUCAUGGAGGGCCAGAACGCCCAGGACGGCCCCGUGUGGAUCACCCAGUGCCCCCAGUCCCCCGAAGACUCGUCUUUUGCUUUCCGAUACAACUUCACCGUCGAGCAGGCCGGAACCUACUGGUACCACUCCCACGUCGGUGGUCAAUACCCCGACGGUCUGCGUGGCGUCUUCAUCGUCAACGACCCCGAGGACCCCUACAAGGACGAGUACGACGAGCACAUCUGGUUCACCGUCUCCGACUGGUACCACGAGGAGAUUCCCGACCUGCUGCCCGAUUUCCUGUCCGUCUACAACCCCACCGGAGCUGAGCCUAUCCCCUCCAACAUUCUCUUCAACGACACCCUCAACACCACCAUCAAGGUGGAGCCCGGUAAGACCUACAAGCUGUCCAUCAUCAACAUUGGCGCUUUCGUGUCCCAGUACGUGGAGAUUAUGAACCAUACCAUGGAGGUUAUUGAGAUUGACGGUGUUUACACCGAAAAGUCCGACCCCAUUGACCUUCUUUACAUCACCUCUGCCCAGCGAUACUCGGUACUGCUCAAGACCAAGGACGAUGCUUCCACCAACUUCCCCAUUAUGACCACCAUUGACGGAACCAUGCUGGAUCUGACCCCCGAGGAUCUUGUUCUGUACCAGACCAACUGGCUGCAGUACAACGACGACCCCAACGACCGUCCCGAGGGUCCCGAGAACUACUACUGGCACACUGACAAGGAGGGAGAUGGCGCUGAUGACGAGUUCGAGGAGCGACGAUUCGAUGACAUGGAUCUUGUUCCCCUGGACGGCAUGAAGCUGCUGCCCGACCCCGACAUGACCAUCACCGUCAACGUGACCAUGAACAACCUCAACAACGGUAUCAACUACGCCUUCUUCAACGAGCUCACCUGGGUUGCUCCCAAGGUCCCCGUUCUGUACACCGUCAUGUCUUCUCCCGACGGCAUGGAGACUGACGCCACCAUCUACGGAGACAACACCCACACCUACGUUCUCAAGCACAACGACGUUAUCGACAUUGUGCUCAACAACGAGGAUGCCGGAACCCAUCCCUUCCACAUGCACGGACGAGUCUUCCAGGUUCCUUACCGAUCUGAGGCCUACGAGGACGAUGACAUGACUCCCUUCGACCCCGAGGAUGAAGACAUCAAGUUUGCCGAGGUGCCCAUGCGACGAGACACAGUCUACGUCAAGCCCAACGGAAACAUGGUGAUGCGAUUCCGAGCUGACAACCCCGGUGUUUGGUUCUUCCAUUGCCAUAUUGAAUGGCACAUGGAGCAGGGUCUUGCCUUCACUCUGGUUGAGGCUCCUGAGGAGCUCAAGAAGCAGUACGUGCCCCCCAACCACUUCGACGCCUGCAAGAUCGCCGAGGUGCCCACCGUCGGAAACGCUGCUGGCAACGACACCGACUUCCUCAACCUGUCUGGCCAGAACCUGCAGGAGAAGGAUCUGCCCGCCGGCUUCACUGCCCGAGGUAUUGUUGCUCUUGUCUUCUCCUGUAUCGCUGCCUUCCUCGGUAUGGGAGCUGUGGCCUGGUACGGAGCCUCUGACAUCAAGAACCAGGAGAUUCGAAUGAUCCAGGAGUUUGAGCGAGAGGCCGGAGAGGAGGUUGACGGCGCCGAGUCUUUGCAGGACGUGCAGGACGAACCCGUUCACAUUCCCCACCCCCACCUUCACCACAACAACGCCACCAACUAG